AUUCAGCAAAGCAAGAUGGCUGAAAUUGGGGCGCUCCAGAAACUUAAGCUUGCUGAGCUGAAGCAUGAGUGUGAAGCCAGGGGUCUGGAUGUGAAGGGCAACAAAGUGGAACUGAUCACACGACUACAGGUUCAUCUAGAGGAGCAUGAGGAUGACAUGGGCCUAAAUGAAGAUGAUGUUCUGGGAGAAGAGCCAGAGUACCUCUCGAAAGAUGCGGAUGCCGUCACUGGGGAUAACGACGAGAAACCAGUAGCGGUGUCUGAGAAGGCUGAAAAGAAAGUGGUAAAAAUCACACCUCCAGUGUCUGUGGAUGAGAGGUUACAGAAAAGAGCAGACCGCUUCAAUGUCCCUGCCUCAGCUGACAGCAAGAAGGCCAUACGUGCUGCCCGGUUUGGUUUGCCCGCUGCUGCACCUCCAACUUCCACCACAGGUGUUACUGUGAAUAAAUCCACUCCAGUCAGCGUUGAACAGCUAAAAAAGCGAGCUGAACGAUUUGGCGGGAACGUUUCUUCAGUCUCCAAGAAGGUUGAGGAAGAUGAGAAGCUGAAGAAGCGGAAAGAAAGAUUUGGGAUCCUCACUGGUGCUGUUGCAACUGACGUUGAGGCAAAGAAACAGAAGCGUUCUGAACGAUUUGGAAAUGUGACAGUGUAAUUUGGUAUUUCUAAGUGAUGUUUUAUGCUUUGUUUUUUUUUGUGUGUUGCAAACAUAACUGAAAUGUACUGUAUAUAGCUUGUCAAGUUGUAUUACAUUUGGUCAUUAAAGUAGUUUU